AUGUGCGACAUGCAGAAAAUGCCCACAAGAGAGGAUGCCUCUUGUGAAGAAGAUUCGGAGAUGAAUUUCACUGCUUUCUCAGCGGUGGGCGGUGCUGGGACUCAUUUUGUGACUACCGGUGGACAGCUGCCAGUUACAAAAUUGCAACAGAAUGUUUCAAAUAAUGGCACUUCUCUCUCACAGGUUGUUGGUAUGGUUGGCGGAGUCAAUUUGCCUGAAGGAGUACAAUAUGUGCGUGCCUUGGACGGCGGCGCUACACUGCAAAGUACACCACAACUUAUUUCCGUACCAAUUGCAUUGCCAGGAGCCAAGCCUGGUGAUCCUCAGCCAACAGUGCAGAUUCAAGUUCUGGGUCCUAAUCUGACGCUGCAGGCGCAACAGCAGCCAAAAUAUCAAAUGCAAAUACCAAUACAGGGCUUUCAGCAAGGUGGUGCUGUGCUGACGGUGGCGUAUUCGCCGGAGAACACAGAAAAUGGCGGCAUUCAAUUGUUGGGAAACACGUUACCUGAAGGCCUUCAAGUGCUUGCGUUGCCACAAGAGAUGCAGUUGGUGCAACAAACGCAGACCCAGGACAAGGAUCAGAUGCAACAAAAUAUUCAGCAUCAGGUGUAUGUAACUCAGAACCAUCAAAUUGUGAUCGGUAAUCCGGGGGACAGCAAGCCUCUCAAUAACAACACAAGCGGGGAGAACAAUAAUUCUGUGGAAAUUGUUAUAAAGGAGGAGUGUGUUGAAAACAACGAUGAUGAGAGCUCUCAAGGCACGGAAGCAAGUGAAGGAAUGUCUUGGCAACUAGGCAACUCCUCGCAAGACCUUCUGAAAUAUCUCAAUCAGCUGCCACCACAGCAAGCACAAGCAUUGCCAGUUUCCCUGCAGCAGUUUCUGCGAUUAAAUCCCACUGAGAUCAAGAAAGACUCACUAGAGAUGGAAGUUAGCCCCACUACAGAAGAUAAAGAGCGCACUGUGGCCGAGGCUGUUCUUGAUGACGAUGGAGUAAUAAGGAUAAAAAAGAAAAAGAAGUACAAGAAGAAGCCACCGAAGCCAGCGCGUCCGAAGCCCGGGCAGGUUGUGAUCGCGACAGCUUCCGACGGCACGUCCAUCUUCUGCUGUCCGGAGUGCCAGAUGGCGUAUCCCGCCAAGGAGCAGCUCGAGAUGCAUCUCAUAGUGCACAAGAUCGAGAGGCGGUUCAUUUGCGGCAUUUGCGGCGCCGGUUUGAAGCGCAAGGAGCACUUGGAGCGGCACAAGCUGGGCCACAACCCUGAUCGGCCGUACACGUGCGGCGUGUGCAACAAGGGCUUCAAGCGGCGCGAGCACCUCAACCUGCACACCGUCAUACACUCCGGCAUCAAGACCGAGCUCUGCGGCGAGUGCGGCAAAGGUUUCUACCGGAAAGACCAUUUGCGCAAACACGCUCGCUCGCACGAAAGCAAACGAGCGCGCGACGAAGCGAACCACGAGCAGGGCGAAGUGAAGCAAACGUCCAACAGCACCGCCAAUAUCACCACCACCAAUAUCACCAACAAUACCAUACUGCCAGAGAUUACUAUACAUGUGCCGACGAGCUCGAACAUGCAGGUGCCGGUGCAGAUCAACAUCCCGCCGCACGUGGCGCAGCAGCUGCACGCCCAGCCGCCGACCCCGCACCGCUCGUGA